UCAUUUUCUUGGAAAAAAAAUUGUCAUCGGUACUUUUUCUUGUGUUCCCAAAAGGGAGAAAAAGCAAAAACAGAGGAAAGUGAAGAACAGCCAUCCCCUGCAGCAAAGGGCGCUGAAAGUGCAAAGUUUCCACUCGACACUACUAACGUCCCAGGAGAUAUGGAUCACUCUGAUACUGCUACCGGAGAAGAAGCAAAAACAGAGGAAAGUGAAGAACAUCCAUCCCCUGCAGCAAAGGCCGCUGAAAGUGCAAAGCUUCCACUCGACACUACUAAAGUCCCAGGACACGUGGAUCACUCUGAUACUGAUGCUACGGGAGAAGAAGCAAAAACAGAGGAAAGUGAAGAACAUUCAUCUCCUGCAGCAAAGGGCGCUGAAAGUGCAAAGCUUCCACUCGACACUACUAACGUCCCAGGAGAUGUGGAUCACUCUGAUACUGAUGCUACCGCUGAAGCCAUUGCUGACGCACAAACUGCCAGCAUGACUGCAAACCCGGGCAACAAGGAAAAGAAAAAGGGCAAGAAAGUUUUUGGCGAAAGAUCUUCCGGUGACCAUGCUGCCGUAGCCGACGACCCAGAUACAUCCACUGAUAAGUCUCAUCACAGCUCUAUCGAGGCCUUCUGUAGUUCUGAUUCUGACGGCCAAAAACAACGGAGUAGAAAGGUGUGAACCAAUUGAACCUAGGCUAAGAGAAGCAGCUUUUCCCAAGGACAAACAUAUGGACGAUAAGUGAACAGCACAUUUAAUCAGCAGUAGCCAGCUCGCUAUUAAUAGACGACCGGACGCAAAAAUGGGAAAGCAAAUCAUCUGACUUUCUCCAACCAAAAUAAUCCUAAUAAGAAUAAUCUACUAUAUAGAUAUCUAAAUAGCACCUUCUUUCCAAAAAUACAUUGCUGGGUUAAAACGCUUGUAUUGGCGGUUUCAAAGACAGCGGCAAAUACAGGCAUAGAUCUAGAUUUAACGCUGAGUAAAGAUUAAAGUAAGGGACCGGUCAUUAUUUAAGUCGGAGGGGGGAGGGGGGAGGGGGUGGAGGAGAAACGUUUUUUCCAGACCCCUGCCUAAUAGCAUUGAUGUUUCUCGGGUACCCCCGCUUCAAUCGUUUAAAAAAUCCUCCUAAUUCUCCCAAUCCUCCUUUUGACCUUUGAAGGCCCCCCUUGUUUCACUAAAAAAAGAAUGAGGGCCCCCCAUUUU